UUUGGCGGAAACUGCGGUCGCCGUGGUAACCGACAGGGCGGUAAAGGGUUAAAGAGGGGUGUCUGUGCCGCCUUGGUCUUUUUGUUCAGUCUCUAGCACGACAACGAACUUAUUGACAGCUGCUCAACGGGAUCUUGACACAAAAGAGAGCAGCCAUGGGGAAAGGAUGCAUUGCCGCCACUAAGUACUUCCUGUUCUUGUUCAACCUCCUCUUCUUCAUUUUUGGAGCUGUAAUCAUGGGCUUUGGACUGUGGGUCAUCCUGGAUAACCAGAGUUUCAUCACGGUUUUGCAUGAGUCCUCAACAACAUUGAAAGUUGGUGCCUACAUCUUGAUUGGGAUUGGAUCUCUGUCCAUGCUUAUGGGCUUCCUGGGCUGCAUUGGUGCCAUUUAUGAGGUCCGCUGCCUGCUUGGACUGUACUUCACCUGCCUCCUCCUCAUCCUCAUUGCCCAGGUGACAGCUGCUGUCCUCAUCUACUUCCAGAGAGACUUGCUGAAACAAGAGAUGUCCACUAUUGUGAACAAAGUUCUGGUGAACUACACCGGUCAUAACAAGACAUCUGAGCAUGCCUGGGACUACCUCCAGAGAACGAUGAAGUGCUGUGGUUGGACAGGACCGUCUAACUGGACGGAGAAUCUGGUGAUAAAGGGUCUAAAGAACAAUUCUCAGAUCUAUCCGUGUUCCUGCAGAAAUGAAUCCCUCGGUGGCACAGAUAUAAAAGAAACCGGCCUGUGUCAAGCUCUGUCUCCUGAUUGGCCGGUCUUCACUAUGGGCUGUAUAUCCAGCGUGGAGGACUGGCUCCUAAGGAACUGUGGAGUUAUUCUGGGAGUCUGUGUUGGAAUAGCAGUGAUCGAGCUUUUAGGGAUGAUCCUGUCCAUGUGCCUCUGCAAAAGUGUCCAACAGGAGGAUUACACCAAAGUACCCAAAUACUGAGAGCCAGCCCCCCUCCAGUGACUCACUCAGCGUUACAGCCCCUCCACAACUGGAACGAAGCACACCAGACGACAUCCCCUCACCCACACACACACAUUCUUCACUUUAUCACCCCCUUGUUUUCCGUUGAGAACUCUUUAUCCGUUUCUUUCAAACAAACUAGUGAUCUUUUUCUUGUUAGUGCUCUGUCGGGUCUAAAUACCUUUAUAUUUGGUUUCUCACGUGUGUGUGUGUGUGUGUAGACUCGCACACUGUACGCCGACUGUUGCAUUUAUGGUUUUCAUUGUUAGUCGAAUCUGAGAGCACUUUAGUGAAUAGAGAGUUUGAAAUGGGGAAAGAGCUAUUAGCUACUUUUUAAAAUAUUUUUAUAAUCUAGAGGGGAAAAUCAACUUUUUUUUUCUUUUUUUUUACCUAAUAUAUCUGUUUUUUUGUUUUUUUUGCGCUGUGUACUUUCAAUUCAGUUGUGUGUGUGUAUAUAAAUAAGUUUGACACACUUCAGUGAGGUUUAUUCUUACUGAGUAACUACAUCCUAGUUAAGGCAGCACUUAAUGAUGGUUUUUCUGCAUGUAAAGCAAAGUGUUAUUAGCUGGGGCUGGGUCAGGUGCGGCGUGGGUAAAGAUGGCUGCGGUUGAGGGCAAAUGACAAGUCUGAAGGCUAGAAUGGCGUAGUUUAGCGUUUCUUGUGGUUCACGUGCGAGCCGGCCCACAUCGCUCUGUGGAUCAGGGUGUGUAUGUGGAUUUAGGUCGGCCUCGUAUCCCACAGAUCCUUGCUGUGCUGGUGUGGGUAAAACAGCAUGAGCCACGGACCCUGUAACAUCCGUCUUCCUGUUAAUGACCCUUUUCAGCUCGACCAAAACAGGUCUGCGUCGCAUGAGAGACUUUUUAAUCUUCGUUUCUUCUUUUUAAUGUUAUUGUCUAUGAUUUUUAUUUCACGUAAAGCUGAUCAGCUUUUUGAGUUUAAUAAUGUUCUACUUCCGUCUUUUUUAAAUCUACCGUUUGUAUUGUAAUGUGAUGGACACAGAAAUUAGUCAUUUCACAUUUCAGGAUUUAUUCAUUCUUUUCAUGGUCUCUUUUUGUGUGUGUGUGUGUGUGUGUGUGUAUUUUGUCAAGAAUCUGUCUCCUAGAACUUUAUAGAUUAGAUACUGAAAACUUUUUUUUUUUUUUUUUUUUUUUUUUUUUUUUUCCCCUCAGACGUUGACCAAUAUUUGAAUAACUGUGUGUUCAAGUUAAAGUGAAGAUGAAGGGCUUUUUUUCUACAUUUCUUAUAUAAGCUUUUCUGUUUAACUGGGAAGCCAUGUUUAUGUAGUUUCUUUUAUUUUUCCAGCGACUCGAGUAGUACAAAACGUGUCUAUGUCUAUGCAAUAGUUAUAAAUUUCAAUUAAAAGAAAACUGAAACAGUA